AUGGCUACCGAUUCCUGGGAUCCUUUAAUCAUUUUUCUGGUCGUGCAGAAAUUGGACCCGGAGUCACAUAAGGAUUGGGAGGAGUAUGCACACAAGGAUGAUUCUGAGGAAUUACCCAAGUGGACAGACUUCGUUAAAUUUCUGGAAGCUAAAUUCCGAACACUAGAGCUCAUCACCGCUUCAUCAUCAUCAUCAACGCCGCGCGAGAGAAACGUAGUCAAAGAACGAACUUUCCACGUCACAGAGUCACACGCAGAGAAGAGUUGUGUCAUGUGUAAAGGUAAUCACACACUCGCUCAUUGUAAAGAAUUUACAAAAAUGCUACCUACUGAAAGAUGUGAAUACACAAAAAACAAUAGGCUAUGUUACAAUUGCCUAGCCUCAGGGCACGCAGUUUUCAAGUGUCGACUGCCCAUGUCAUGCCGAAUAUGCCGCAAGCGCCAUCAUUCACUCGUCCACGUGACCAAGAGCCCGGAAACAGCCGAACAAGACAGCCAUACCCAACCGACGCUCUCCAAGGUCAACGAGACUGAAACUGAAAUUCAAGCCACCAUGGCACUUGCAUCUCACCAUACGGCCGGGUACAGCGAUGACAGUGAAGGUUUAUUAGCAACUGCAAUCGUUAAUGUGAAGAGUGAGCAAGGUCACAGCAUUGCAUUCAGGGCUCUUAUCGACCCGUGCUCACAGGCAUCUUUCAUUAGUGAGAGAGCGGCUCAAUUAUUGAAACUUAAAAGAGAGUCAAGAAAAGCAAGCAUAACGGGAUUGGGGCCUAUAAAGGCGAAAGCAAAUCAAGUGGUUCAAUUACGGGUUUCGUCGCAAUAUCAAACGUCGUAUUCAUUACAGCUUCGAGCCUAUGUGAUUUCCAAGCAAUUGACCACUAAAAUGCCCGUGAAAACAAUGAAUACAACCAACUGGUCUCAUGUACACAAUCUACACCUGGCCGACCCGAGUUAUAACACACCAGGUCCAGUAGAUCUUCUCCUUGGAGUUAAAGUAUAUGCACAGAUAAUUCAAGAAAAUACACCAAUCAUCAAGGGUCCACCGGGUACACCAUGUGCUCAAAAAACAUACCUCGGCUGGAUCUUGUUUGGAGAUAAUGGAGAACCAGAUACCAAUGAUGCGAGUAAACAAGAAAAAUCAUUCAUCACGAUGCAUCAUCAAGUCGAUGUUGAUGAUUUAUUGAAGACUAUAUGGGAGGUUGAACCAGAUACAAAAAGAAGAUUAACAGAAGAAGAACAGACAUGCGAAAGAAUUUAUGAAAACACUUACAAAAGAAAUGAAGAAGGAAGAUAUAUCGUCAAAUUACCUAUGAAGACAGAAGUACCAAGAGCAUGUGAAGGAAAUACAAGAGAAAUUGCACAGAACAGAUUAAUACAACUAGAGAGAAGAUUUCUAAAAAUGCCUAAGCUUAAAGAAGAAUAUGUAAAGGUGAUUGAUGAUUAUAUCGAGCAGAAGCACAUGGAAAAGGUACCGAUAGAAGAAAUACAUACAAAGAAGAGCGUAUACCUGAGCCACCAUGCAAUUAUUCGAGAAGAGAAGGAAACUACGAAGACGCGCGUGGUUUACGACGCGUCGUGCAAGGGUACCAAUGGUUUCUCGUUAAACGAUGACCUUCUUGUUGGGCCAGUUUUACAAGAAGAUUUAAGAAGCUUGAUAAUGAGAUGGCGAAUGCACGCCAUAUGUUUCGUCUCAGACAUUCACAAAAUGUAUCGGAUGGUGCUGACAACUGAAGAAGAUUCCGACUAUCAGAGAAUUUUAUGGAGAAGUAGCAGUGCCAAGGAUAUAGAAGAUUACCGUCUCCUGACAGUAACUUUUGGAACAGCUUCAGCUCCUUAUCUGGCAAUUAGAACAUUGCAACAGCUGGCUGUUGACGAAGGAGACGAGUUUCCUGUUGCAUCAAAGAUGAUCAAAGAAGACUUCUACGUUGACAACCUGAUGUCGGGAUGUGACACCAUCGAACAAGCCAUAGAAGCCAGCAAACAAUUGCAAGAAGUUAUGCGAAGAGGUGGAUUUCAGCUCAAGAAAUGGUCAUCCAAUUGUAUUGAGUUCAUGAGAAGUUUGAAACCCGAAGAUAGAUCAGCCAAUGCGCAUCUUGAUUUAAACAUGGACGGUACAAUCAAGGCACUUGGUGUUCAAUGGAACAUGGGAACAGACCAGUUCGAGUACAACCUUAAUCUACCAGAAGUAAACCAUCACAUCAGUAAACGAUCCAUAUUGUCUGAUAUCCAGAAACUGUUUGAUCCUCUGGGCUGGAUCUCACCAUGUGUCCUGAUGGCUAAGAUACUGAUACAAAGGUUAUGGCUAGCAAAGGUGACUUGGGAUGAAGAACUUAGCCAAUCCUUAAAAGAUGAAUGGCUUCAAUUAAGAGCAGACUUGAAACAUGUCAAUGAGAUCCGUAUUGAUAGAUGGCUUGACACUUUGAGCACUGAUGGAACAAACAUUCAGUUACACGGGUUUAGUGACGCUUCCAUCUCAGCCUACGGUGCAGCCGUUUACAUUAGAGUAGAAAAGGCAGAUGGUACAAUCAAAACCAGGUUGAUUGCUUCAAGGACAAGGGUCUCACCUGUGAAACCUGUUUCAUUACCUCGCCUAGAAUUGUGUGGAGCUGUUGUGCUAGCAAAACUGCUACGGCAAGUCGGCUGUGCUAUGAGAAUACCAGCUUCGCAUAUGUUCGCAUGGACAGACUCGUCCAUUGUGAUUUCCUGGAUCUAUGGUGAACCACAAAGAUGGAAAACAUUUGUGGCAAACAGAGUUGUGGAAAUAACAAACAAUGUCGGUCAAAAUCAAUGGCAUCAUGUCACUUCUGAGGACAACCCAGCCGACAUUGCUUCCAGGGGAAUGUACUUGUCAGAGUUGAAGACUUCUAAACUAUGGUGGGAAGGGCCUGAAUGGCUAUCUAGCAAGGAAAUAGAAUACAAAAGACCUAACAUCAUCUCCACCGAGUUAGAGACGAAGAAUGUAAUACAGACCAAUUUAAAUAUACACGAAGGCGAAAGAGAAAUAAAUUUGACAGAACAAUUUAAGAAUUUUGAUAAUUUACAAGAAUUAAUAAAAACAGUAACUUAUUGCCGCAAAUUUCUAAACAUUAAAAAACUGCCAAUAGAUCAGAUAAAUAUAACUACUCAUGACUUGGAACUCACACUGAAGAUUUGUGUAAGACUUGUACAAAGGGAAGAAUUUGGUGAUGAAAUAGACAGAUUAGAGACAAAGAAACAAGUACACAAACGAAGCACUAUAAAAUCUUUAAAUCCGUACCUAGAAGAAGGUCUGCUGAGAGUGGGAGGAAGACUAAGAUUUGCAAACAUGAAUGACGACGAAAAACAUCCCUUAAUAUUAGGUAAUAAAAACAACUUAACCCCUCUCAUAAUUGCGGACGCACACUUGAAGACCCUGCACGGUGGAAUAACACUCAUGAUGAGUUAUUUACGUUCCAAAUUUUGGAUGAUAAAGUCCAAGAAUAUGGUAAGGGCUUAUGUCAAUAAAUGCCUUGUAUGCGUUAGACAAAACGCUGCUCCUAAACCACAGCUAAUGGGAGACCUGCCAAGAGAACGAGUUACACCUUCUAGACCGUUUUUACAUAGCGGCGUCGACUUCGCAGGACCUUUCACUACCCUAAUGUCUAAGGGCAGAGGAGCAAAGACUAUGAAGACAUAUGUCGCUAUAUUCAUAUGCUUAUCAGUCAAAUGCAUACAUCUAGAGCUCGUCAGUGAUCUGACUUCUGAGGCCUUUAUAGCUGCCUUUAAAAGGUUUGUGGCCAGGAGAGGAAGAUGUAACCAUUUGUGGAGCGACCAAGGAAGAAACUUCGUUGGUGCCAAUAAAGAACUGGUCAACGCAUGGAAAGAGGCACAACUAGAUUUCACUGGCGAAAUAUCCGAUUCCUUGGCUAAAGAUGGUACACAGUGGCAUUUUAUCCCCGCCUAUAGUCCAAAUUUCGGUGGCCUGUGGGAGGCUGGUGUGAAAUCCCUGAAACAUCAUUUAAAGAGAGUUGUCACCAGCCAUCUGACCUUUGAGGAAAUGAACACGGUCCUUUGUGAAAUUAAGGCAUGCUUAAACUCAAGGCCGUUAUGCCCGAUUGAUAACGACGAUACAGACAGCAUCGAACCCCUUACACCCGGGCAUUUCCUGAUCGGCGAAGCACCCAUAAACGUCCCAUCGCCUGACUUGAAAGAUGUUAGAAUGAGCUCACUAUCACGAUGGCAGCACACACAGAAAUUGGUUAGAGAUUUGUGGUGUAGAUGGCAGCAAGAGUACCUGUCACGCUUGCAACAGCGCCCAAAAUGGCUGAAACGAGUAGAGGAGCUCAAAGAGGGACAGAUUGUUCUCAUUAAAACCGACAAUCUUCCACCUGGAAAGUGGGCCCUCGGCCGCAUAGUCGCUAAACACCAAGGUCCCGACAAUAUCUCGCGAGUGUAUAGUGUUAAAAGUGGUGAUAGUGUAGUGAAAAUACCUAUUACAAAAUUGUGUUUAUUACCAAUAGAGAUUAAUGAUUAA